AUGAAUCAUCAUUUUCUCUCCCUCGGAGCCAGCCUACUGUGCACAGCAUUGUGAACUGUGCUCUCGGUCUGGGGGGUUAUGAUGGCAUCUGAUCCGGAUUAUGAGGUGGGUCUCAUUGAAGAACUUAUGCCGAGUUUGCGUAAACUGAUUGUGGUGGAGAGAGUCCUGGAUCAUGUACAUUCAAUCGAAUCCGACGAAAAGGAACGGAUCAGUCAGGAGGCGAAAAACAAGGGUGACCCAGCGGCUGUGGAUCUCCUCAUUAAGGCUAUCACCAAGGAACCUCACAGCCCCGGAUGGUUCAGGGCGUUUGUUGACGCGCUGGAAAAUUCGGGGUUAAAGUCCGCGGCGGACCACAUACUGGAGAAAAUAAAACCUGAAGACGAGACAGCGAAUGAAUACGGGGUCAAGCUGAUUCAAAUAUUGUUCCCAAGUCUGGUGGAGAUGAAGACUGACGAUGUGUGCAUGCAUUGUUUCUCAUGUGGACUGCUGAGCCAGGACGACAAGGAGCAGAUUGAAGCUACAAUAAAGAAUCAAGGGAACAGGGGUGGAGCCCGAGACCUCCUUAAAGCAAUCGUGAGAAGUCAACCGAAUUGGUAUUCUACAUUUCUCAGUGUUCUGCAACAAACUGGACACCGUGACCUGUAUGAGCUGAUUGGAGGAUCACCUGACUGUGACAAGCUAGGUGACAAGCUAGGCUCGAUGGAGAACCUGUGCUCAUUUAAGGAUGAACCUGCAGGAUGUGACGUCUCUAUGGAGGACAGUCAGACAGCAGCUGGAGGAGGCGAGAGCAUGGAGUGUAUGGAAUACAGUGAAGCAGGGGACUCUCAGGAUGGAGACUUGUGCCAAGGAGCAAGCGUUGAUUCCAGACCACAGCCAAACAGCAUGGAGCUCUCACAAACAGACGGGACUGACUUACAGGCAGCACCCAGAGGCCCAGAGAGAGCGCAUAUUGUUCUUCGAAAUUAUCAGAUGGACGUCGCCAGACCCGCCCUGGAGGGGAAAAACAUCAUCAUAUGUCUCCCGACAGGAAGUGGUAAAACCAGAGUUGCAGUUUAUAUUACCAAAACACAUCUGGACGGCAGGAGGGCCGAAGGGCGAGCGGGGAAAGUUGUCGUACUGGUGAACAAGGUUCCCCUGGUGGAGCAGCAUUAUUCGGCAGAGUUCUUGCCUUUUCUGAAGCACACAUACAAAGUGGAGAGAGUCAGCGGAGACAGCCAGCAAAAGAUCUCCUUCACACAGAUCGUGAAGAGGAAUGACGUCAUCAUCUGCACAGCCCAGAUUCUUGAGAAUUACUUGGAGAGGUCCAACAGUGGGGAGGACGAAGGGGUGAACUUAAGCGAUCUGACAUUGAUGGUAAUUGAUGAGUGUCACCACACUCAAAAAGGAGGGGUCUACAACCACAUCAUGAUGCGCUACCUGAAGCAGAAGCACAAGAACCUAAGGCUGAAGAAGGAGCAGAAGCAGCUGGUGCCCCUCCCUCAGAUUCUGGGCCUGACUGCCUCGCCAGGGGUUGGGGAAGCCACGAGAAUGAAGCAAGCAGAGGAGCACAUACUACGAAUUUGUGCAAACUUGGACGCCUCCAGUAUCAUGACUAGUAGCCUCGCUAAUUACAGAAAAGACCCAAGGACAAAACUUGUAACCAUUGAAGACAGAAAACAGGACCCUUUUGGUGAUGUAAUCAAGAAAAUCAUGAAUGCCAUUCAUAACCAUGCUGAGCUCAGUCCCACCUGUGAACUUGGCUCUCAGAAUUAUGAACAGUGGGUUGUUCAAAAAGAGCGAACAGCGACAACAGAGGAAGAUCAUAAAGUCCGGGUUUGUGCAGAGCACCUUCGACGGUACAACGAGGGCCUUAACCUCAGUAACACUAUCCGCAUGCGGGAUUCCUUCACCUUCCUGAACAAAAACCACGAGGAGGAUUUGAAGAAGAAGUCACCGGAGGAGGAGCAUGUCAUACAAAUGACAAAGACUGAGAGAUUCCUCUUCUUGUUGUUUGAUGAGAACAAGCAAGAGUUGCAGGGGCUUUCAGAUAUGCCACAGUAUGAAAAUGACAGCCUGACAAAACUAAGAAUUAAUAUUCUGCAAGAGUUCAGCAGACGCGACAAGGCUAGAGGGAUCAUUUUCACCAAAACACGUCUGAGCGCAAUUGCUCUCACUCAGUGGACCCAGGAAAACCCCAAAUUCGCUGACAUUGGGGUGAAAGCCUCGUAUGUCAUUGGAGGAGGAGACCAGAGUGUUGUCAAACCAAUGACCGCUGCAGAGCAAAAGGACGUGUUGAAAAAGUUUGGCAGCGGCGACGUCAACUUGCUGAUCGCUACCUCAGUGGCUGAAGAAGGUUUGGACAUUCCAGCAUGCAAUAUUGUGAUCCAAUAUGGCCACCUGACCAAUGAGAUUGGUAUGAUUCAGGCUAGAGGCAGAGGAAGAGCUGAGGACAGCAGUUUCAUUUUGAUCGAGGUAAAGAACGCCUGGGUGGCUGAAAAGGAGUGCGUCAAUGACUACCGCAUUGACAUGAUGAACAAAGCCAUUGACAAAAUCAGAACCUUACCUCAAGCAGACUAUAACAGAAAGAUGGAGGAGUUACAGUAUCAGUCUAUCAUGGAGGAGAGGGUGAGAAUGUCAAAGAAGAAGAAGAAAGACAUAAAGGAUGCGGACCCUUCUGACGUGAAGUUCACCUGCCGUGGCUGCAGCAAGCCGGUCUGCACCGGUGAAGACAUCCAGGUCAUCGAAGAUGUGCACAGAGUCAAUGUAACGCCGGAGUUUAGUGAACUUUACCAUCAGACAGAAAACACCAGCCUUCGAGAGCGAUGUCUGGAUUAUGAGACCAAUGGCUUCAUAUCAUGCAAACAGUGCGGCCAGCGAUGGGGUUCCAUGAUGUAUUUCAAAGGGAUCGAUUGCCCCUCUCUCCACGUGAAAAACUUUGUUGUGACUGUUGGCGAGAAAAAGAUCAGCAAAUGCAACAGGUGGAAGGACCUCGCUGUCAAGUUUUCUCCCUUUGAUUACGCUGAACAUGCGAGGCGCAUGGCAGACAGCUCAGACGACGACGAUAUCUAAAUAAAAACAGCCACGUGCAGUAGACUUACAUUGAAUCAUGUUGUAUUCUCCACUGGGAGGCUUACAUACAUCAAAAUUCACUGUAACCAGUACACUGAGACAUGCAAUGCUUAGUGGCAUGAACACUGGCGUCAGAUAUGGUGGUGGGUUUAAGCAUGCGCUGCAAAUAACUACAGUGUUUUUGAAAAGUUUUUGUGAACGAGCUUACAGUAUGUCAUAAAUAUCCAGCAAAUUUUGAGGUUGCGGUGUAGCUUUUGUGGUGAUAAAAAUUCACAGCUGAUGUACAUUUACAUACAUUUACAAAAAAUGAACUGGAAAAAACAAUAAUUACAAUAAAAUAAUGAGAAUGAAAAUCCUCUAGAAGCCCUGAGGUCUCAUGGGAUGGGAGCCACUGAGCAUGUUAUGGCUCCUCAGAGCCUACCUGUCAACUCAAAAGCAGAUAAACAGGUGCUGGUUAUUUUCCAUUAAAUCCAACUGUUAGUGAGUCACUCCUGUUGAGCCAGUCAGAGAUGUUAUUUUUAGAUCUACUUUUUAAAGAAUC